GGUACGUCAUGUUGCGUGGGUCUCCUGGAUUCUAUACAUAUGUUGUACUUGAACGUUUAAAAGGGUGGCCUUCUUUUCGUAUACAAGAAGGAAGAAUCGUCUUCAAACUUCAAGAAAACAAGUUUCACUACAUGGCUAUGUCUGAUGAAAGGCAAAGGUUGAUGCCAACGCCUGAGGAUCGUAAAUCUGGCAUUCCUCUUGCUUAUAAGGAAGCUAUUCUCUUAACUAAUCCCAAAUUCAAAGGAGAGGUGGAUGAUAAAUACUUGUACUCGUGUGACAACGAGGAUAAUAAGGUACAUGGAUGGGUUAGCAAUGACACGGUGCCACUAGGGUUUUGGAUGAUAACUCCAAGCAAUGAAUUUCGGACAGGUGGGCCAAUCAAACAAGAUCUCACUUCUCAUGUUGGCCCAACUCUACUUUCUAUGUUCAUCAGCAGACAUUAUGCUGGGGCAGAGAUGGAUGUCACUUUUGAAGCUCAAGAUUACUGGAAAAAAGUUUUUGGCCCUAAUUAUGUGUAUCUCAACUCCGAUGUUUCUGCUCGAACAGAUCCUUCUAUUCUUUGGAACGAUGCUAAACUAAGGAUGCAGAAGGAAGUAGCUGAUUGGCCAUAUAAUUUCCUACGUUCGGUAGAAUACCUUAAAUCCGAUCAAAGGGGAUCUCUUAGUGGUCAAUUACAUGUUCAUGAUCGGUUUGUUAGUCUGCAACCUGUGCCGGCAGCCUCAGCUUAUGUGGGACUGGCUCCACCUGGAGCCGCUGGGUCAUGGCAGAUUGAGAAUAAGGGAUACCAAUUUUGGACACAAACCGAUGAGAAAGGAAAUUUCGUAAUCAAGAAUGUGAUUCCUGGAACUUAUAGCUUGUAUGGAUGGGUUCCGGGAGUUGUUGGAAACUUUAAGCAUGUUUCCGAUAUCAAGAUUAAUGCUAAAUCUAAUGUCAGGGCUGAAAACGUUGUGUUUAAUCCCCCAAGGAACGGUGCGACUUUGUGGGAGAUCGGAAUUCCCGAUCGCUCUGCUAGCGAAUUUUUCAUUCCUGAUCCUCCUCCAAGAUUCAAGAUUCAUCCGUACAAACUUCCCGUUGAAAAGUUCAGGCAAUAUGGACUUUGGGAACGUUACACGGAUCUAUAUCCAAAAAAGGACCUUGUUUUCACAAUUGGGACUAGCAAUUAUAAGAAAGAUUGGUUUUUCGCACAUGUAACAAGGAAAGUGGGAGAUAACCAAUAUGCACCAACAACAUGGAAAAUAGUGUUCAACCUCAAGACUGUGGACCAAAAAGCAAACUUCACUCUCCAAUUGGCCCUCGCAUCAGCCAAUGCAGCAAAUAUACAAGUACGUUUCAACGAUCAAGAAUCAACUCCACAGUUUGAGACGGGGUUUAUAGGGCAUGACAAUGCCUUGGCAAGACAUGGGAUUCGAGGGUUAUACCAUUUUUACAGUAUGAUGGUACAAGGAGCAAAACUUGUUCUAGGAGAGAACAAGUUAUUCUUAACACAUGCGAACAAGCAUGGACCCAACCAGUUUGGACCUUUUACCAAUGUCAUGUAUGACUAUAUCCGUUUAGAAGGCCCACCAACAACACAUAAAUUUGUUGACAAAUAUCAUGAUAUGGAAUAGAGGAUCUAUGAUCUCAUUCAAUAGAUCUCAA